CGAUAACAAAUCAGCUGUCUGCGCUGCUCUCUCGGAAAUUUUGUAAACGUUCUGGCGUAUUUUAUUUUAUUUAUUUUGGUUUCUGCGCAAUCUUUCGGUCCAAAAUCAAAGUCGGAACUCAGUUAUGUUCUCAGGACGUCCAUCGAUUGAAAUUCGGGCGAUUUAAAGCACCAAACAGUACAAACACAGCGUCGGUCCACUGGCCAAAUGUGAUUCGCAUAUGCCUUAACCAAAAUAAACCUUUUCUACUGGAGUCAUAAUGCCAUUAGAUCGCUAAGUAUUCCCAGCUAUGAGUGGACCACAGCAGCCAGGCGAUUCGGGAUCAGCUCCCCCAAACGCUGGCGGGGAUAAGGUCAACUCGCCGAGAAGGAAUGCCACCGGUGGAGAACCGGGACACUCGGGUUACCGUGGCCCAAGUCCCAACAACUGGCGACAGAACAACUCAAUGAAAUAUAAUUCGCGACCCUGGCAUCGAGGCCGUGCGGACAGCGGUCCCUUUAACAAUAGAGUGUAUACAAGUUAUAAUCAGCGGCAUUCACCCUACCCGCGAUCAAACUACGGAAAUCGGGAAUACUCUGAUAACCAUAACUCAAAUCAAAAACGCCAGGAGAGAGAUUAUACCAAGAGAACUGAUUUUCAGGAGAGAAACCCCAGAUAUCCCAAUGGAAGCUAUUCCGGCAGAUACAAAGAUCAUCACAACAGGGACCAUUACCACAGAUAUCAGCCCCGGAGAAGUAAAGAUAAUUCCUCUAAAUCGCCUCAUAAUAAUGAAGAUAGUGAAGAUAGCUCACAUCUAAGCGGAGUCACAAGUGACAUUAACAAAAAUAAGGAAACAAACUGUGAACCGAAAAGUGACGCUUUUAAAGCUGAUCAAAUAGAAGAUAAUUCAACUGACAAACAUCGUAGGCAAACUGAAGAAUUCGAUUUUGAACUAGUAUAUGGCAAAGGAAACGCUACAGAGAAAAUAACGGUUGCCUCAAUUAAAAAAAGUACAGUUACGUCAAAGUGUGAUCAGGCCACAGAAGUCAAUGGGUUGAAUGAAAUCAGCUUGCUUAUUAAGCCAAACAGUGAAACUUUAAAAGUUUCUGAAGCUAAUCAGACAACAUUAAAAACACCUAGUGAAGAUAAGGAAACGAAUCAAACCCAAGAAGUACAGCCAACCGUCAAUCGAUGCCUAAAGGAGGAAUUGAAUCUGUUUAAGUCCAGUGAAAAGCCAUCUGAAGCAGAGCCUAGUCAAUCAUUUCCACGUAUCCAAGUGAGACCGCUCACCCAACUACUGAAGCAAGAGAUUUUGGCAGUCACCCAAGAGAAUCGUCUGUCCAAAAUACCUUUCCUGAGUCCACAGCCAUCCGCUUCAUCGGCCAGUCCCAGCCGGCAGGCCUUUAAACCCGCCCUCAAAAGCCGGCGGCGGACAGUGAGCAAUUGUAACCAUAUUGCGGGGAGUUCCAAUACUAGUCAGGCAGCAGGAAAUGAAGCAAUCAUCAAUAAUCGCAUCGCUAGUAUGGACAAGGAGAGUCUUAAGUACAUAAUCAAUAAUAGCGACACUAUAUACGACGAACACUUAAAGCUUCAGGCCCGGAGGCGUUUACGCGACGAGAUUCGGCGGCAGCUAAAGAACAUCGAUUUGGAUCAGCCUAAGGACAAUCCGGUAAAAGAACUGAUCGAAGACGAAAUUGUGGAUGCUAUCAAAUUGCCUGCGCUUCUGCUGCAGGAGAUCGAAAAGUGUUUCGGCAUAGACGUAUCAGAGGGUCAGAAAGCCAAUCCUUCCGAAGUUGAUAAACCAGAUACCACAAAGAGUAAAAACAAUGGGAAAAAUCAAAGCCCUGUAGGAGACAGCAAGGGCUCAGAAAAGGAAAUUUGUACAAGUUCAGACGUUACAAGACCAGAGGUCCCAACCGAAAGUGGAACGGGCAGUACAGAAAUAACAACGAAAGGUAAAAAGACUAAAAAGACUAUCAAAGAUAGCAAACAGUGCAUUAAAGGUAAGAACGGUAAAAACAAAGAGCCAGAAAGUAAAAUUGAGAAGAAAGAAAGCAGUGAUCAAAAUAUAGAAGCCGAAGAGCUUAGUACAAAUAGCAAAUCGUUUUGUAAAGAUGGUAACGAUAAUCGAAAUCACACUAUAAAAUCAAAGGAAAGUAAGAAAGAGAUCUUACAAGAAAAUAAUAAAAAGAAAAGUCCUAGAAAAAAAUUCAAAGGUUCCAUUACGGAAUCGGGUCAAAAUAAGAAAAAUAUCAGGACAGAAGUCGACCAGUACAGUCUUGAACAAGAAGCCCACACAGAAGAACCCUCCGAUUCGAUGAAGAGAUCAAAAGAUCUGAUGGCAAGGCUAAAGGCAGCCGAUAAAGUCAAGCCAAACGAAGAGUUGCGACUUACUAAGAAUCGCGCGCCCUUGUUGCCAACUCCAACAUGUGGAAGGAUUACAAAUAGCUUAAAGAACACGAAUAUCCAAUGUGAGGAAUUUAAACCAAGCAAAUCACCAACAAAAAGUUCAAAGAAUAUGUCCGCUACAAGUUCUAAAAAGGCAAAUCAACCUGUAGGUGAUACUUCUGAGAUCAUAAUACCCGUUAUCAAAACGGAAAUCAAAAGAGAACUAAGCAGCUCCCCAAUAACAGUGAAUCCUUUACCUUCAAAGGAGGUUAUUGAGCUUCUGAGCUCAUCUGAUGAAGAAGACGACAUGGAUUUGGAUGAAACUGAGGAAGAAAUUGUGGCGCAGGAUAAAGAGCAGGUUUCGGAUGCAAUCCUAGAACCAGAUCCGAAGAUGGACGAUGUUGAUAGUGAUCAUUCUAACAGCUCCCAGUGCAGCAGCGAAUCUACGAAAAGGCGCAGAAAGCUGAAGCUUCAAAACGAUGCUGAAAACGUGGUGGACAGUUUUGAGAAGCUGAUCCUUCCCCACCUUCGGGAAGCUCUGACAGAUCGCUAUCGUCGCCAGCACUCUGGUAGCCUGCAGAGUCGACUACACUUCAUCUCCUGUGUGGUGACAAGCGCCGAGCACAAUUCACAGAGCUUCAGCAAGAUCGAGGUGGCCAAGAUGCAGAUGAAUCUCAAAGCAGCCGACAAUCGCCAAUCCAUCGAGUUUCUGUUAAGGGAGAUUGUCAACGUGGUUAAUCUGCAGAAACAGCGACGUCGGGAACAGGAAGAGGAGCAGAAGUUGGCAAAUGAAUUGAGUCCAAAAAAAGCUGAGUCCCCAGUUAAGAAAAACUCUAGAGCCUCACCAUCACCGCCAGUGCGCCGGAGUUCGCUAGUUUUGGAUAGCCGCCAGAGUUCAACAGCCUCUCCCGCUCGCCAGAGCUCCCCAGGCAUACCUUCCCGCCAGAUUGCUCAUUCUUCUCCUGCCCGCCAAAGUGCUCAGCCCGUGGCUGCCCGUGAAACUGCAAUACCUCCCCUUGAAAUUUCUCCCCCUGUGGUUAAGCCCCAGAAUCCCGAGCCCUUUCCCGUUGGGCUGCCCUUUUUAGCCCACCUUUCUCCCGCUGCUUAUGCACGUUUAGGCGGUGUGACAGAUAAGGCCGAGCCAUUAGGUCAGUUGGGCGACAUGGUGGCCCAAAAUCUGGUUGAUAUCGAUCGCCGCCUGCUGGAGAACCAAAAUCGGCGAAGCAUUCUCGAGGAAAUGAUCAUGAAAUUUCAGAAGGAGAAGUCCGAUCUGGAGAUGCUCAGUCUGGAGCUGCAGAGCCGCAAGUUUCUGUUGAUAAAUUCAAUGAUUUCUCGUAGUCAGACGUCAUCGGUGCCUGUCGUUAACCCUAGGAACUCACCGCCACCCAGUGUUACUGCUCAGGAAUCGACGCAGGAGGAGAAUGCUGGCAAAGGAGGUAUCGCCAGGAGAACUAGGAGCAGAUUAAGAAAAGCUGUAGUGGUAAAACUAAUACCCAAACGUCAGGUCAGGGUUCAGAAACGAGUCCUUCGAAAGCACAAAUCAGAUGAGUUAAUAUCACAAUUGCGUCAAGAAAUUGCUGAUCAGGAGGAGUCUAAUAAAGCGAGCAAAGAGCCAUUUAAAGAAAAAGAAUGUGGGCUGAGCAUUCAAACAAACAUCAAGGAAGAGCCAUUGGAUGAGUCCGAAUUCAGUCCCACCGCCAAAGUCACGCAAUCGCGUCCUAACAAACCGAAAGUCUGUGUUUCAGCCAACCCGACUCAUCAACCACUGGCAAUAAUACCACCUCUACCACCUCCACCACCGCCACCGGAACCGAUCAGUAACAUGGCCGAAAAAAUGUCCCGCAGUUUGCCCACGGAACUAUUGUCUGAGCCUCAAAACUGGACAGAACUCAACUCCCAAGAAAAGAGCAGCGUAGGCUUCAUACCCAUGGGGAAAUUGUACAAAGUUUUAAGUCCCAUCACCCAAAUAAAGAUCUACAGGGAGUACGUGAUAGCGGCCGCCGAAGAUGGGGAUAUCUAUAUGUUCCACCUUAUCAGUCACAAACUUGAGCGAAAGAUUACAAAACACAGCGAAGCCAUUACGAAUAUGUCUCUCUGCGAGAAGGAGUCCGUUUUGUACACCACAUCGCUGGAUGGCUUUUUCAAGAAAUCUUCGCUGGAGAAUCUUGAGCGGGUCAUAGAAACGGUGUACUUCAAGGAGCCCCUGCAAUCGAUUGACAUCUGUUGGGGAUUGGCCUUCAUUGGCAGCCGAUGGGGACUUAUCUCUACAUUCAAUGUGGUGACCAACAAGGUGAUUGAUAAGCCUUUAGUUUCAACCGGCCAAUCCAUUAUUGCCAUUAAAGCCACCAAGGAAGGAGUACGAAAGAUUCUUGUUCUUGGAUGCAAGGGAAACUUUGUGCAAAUGCAUGAUGCUGGAAACGGAUUACUGCUGCGUCGCGUAUGCAUUCCAGAAGGCUUAAAUGUCUACAGUUUGCUUUUAAAUGAUGAACACAUUUACUGUGGCACACAAAAGAACGAGAUCUAUCAGUUGGAGUUUGCCACUGGUAACUUGAUUAACAAGUUAAGCUGUGGAAAUGGUGCUGUAUCUAUAGUGGCCUACAAAAAGCGUUAUUUGCUGACGGGCUGCUACGAUGGUUUCAUUUAUGUUCUGGACAAGGUAACAGGAACUCAAGUGGGUCGAUUUGAGGGAGCUGGCCGGUUGGUUUUGGCCUUGGCAGUAGCAGGCGAUAAAAUCGUCACAUCUUCGAAAGAUAACUCGCUGGAAAUACUGGAAGUGCCCGCAGCCAUGGUAAACGGCCAUUAAGACGCUUAUCAUUACUUGUAUAAAUCAGUUUUAAUUUAAUAAUUUUGCACACACACUUGUUUGUAUAAUACAAUUCAACGAACUUUAUCCUGGAUCGCGUAAUAAGGAUUCCGUUUUCUGUAUUUACAGUUGAAUAUGUUAUUUUUUUGUUAGCUCCCAAUUGCAUUUUUGCAAUUGAUCUCCUUGAAGAAUAUUUCUUCGUCUUGAACAAAUCAUUUCAAAAUAAAAAGAGAACCACCAUUAAACAUAAA